AGCCCACACGCGUUUUGUUGCCUUUCAGCACCUUUGAUUCACAUCUAUAUCACCAUACAUCAAGCCACCGUACAUGAGUUCCACCACAAGCUUCCACAUCGCCCAGAUCAACAAAUCCGCUGAGUCAUUGAAGACGUUAGAUUUCCGAAAGCCGGGAAUUUUUACCAACGCACUCCUCCUCCACCCGGAAAUUACAUCGCUCAUCCGCGAUGCCGACGAGCACGAACGGGCGUUGUACAGGCUCAACGGCAGCAAAGAGAUGGAGCGGGUGGACGGCAGCUGUGUGUAUGCUCCCAGGAAGUCCGAUGAAGAAGGAAACAAGGCGGAUGAGAGCAUGCUCAUAGCCACAGACAAUUCUCAGUACAACAACUACGUCCAGACACAGUUACUGGGGGAUCUGUACACCCAGCACUCGAGCUCGCACAGCAGAACUACCGUGCAAACCCCCCUCCUUAGGACCACGCCCGCAGCUGUCAGCAAAGGUGUCUAUGAUAGGGACACGGAAGAGGUAACAGAGGAGUUUGAUAGUCUAUGCUCCACAAUAGCACUGUUGGUGGCGAAGUUUCCGGUAGAGGGCAUCGCCGAGAAGGUUCGCGCAUAUAAGCGUGACUACGCUGCGCUUACCGGAGAGAUCAGCCACUACGACACCUUGGUUAAUCGCCAACGCGAACAAUUGGCUGGAUUCACUGCCGAAGUAGAGGAUGAAGCCGAGGAGGAGACUGUUAGCGUGGAAGAAUUGAUCAGAAUCGAAGAAGAAGAGAUUGCCGAGUUGGAAGCACAGCUUCGUGUGAAGCAAAGGUAGAGGUGGGCUAAGUGCCAAAGUUGGGGAGUUUCAGCCAUCAGCUGUGUGUUUCCUAUUUUGUAGUUUUGGGUCCAUAUUUCUUGUAUGCUAAGGUUGCGGGUUGACAGACUGAUGCAUGGAUGGUCUUACUCGAGCUAGAUGGAUUUGUCUCAAUGGAAUGGUUUUAAAACUGUGGUUAGAGGAUUUAAGUCUGUAUCCGGGUUCAAGCCUGCGUGGAUAUAAAAAUAUUACAAAGGCCA